AUGGCUUUGGAUGUUACAACAGCGAGUAAUGAGGAGUUGAUCCAAUUUUGUAUUCAGCGAGGAAAGGAAGAUGCCGUGUUUGCCGACAUAAUAGGCGCAAUCGUGGUCAAAGUCACUCAUACCAUCGUCGCCAAAUGGGGAUACAGCGUGACAGCCACUGAAGCAACGAUGCAAGAAUUCGCUUACAAUAAUGUGAAUCAUGACAUCGUUCGAGUGCCUAGGGUUUAUCGCUUUAUCCAGGAUGAAUUAGGAAGAGGAUUUCUAUUUAUGGACCACGCCCCCGGCCAGAAACUCUCGGAUUUGGACCUCUCCAUUCACACAGAUAUCAUACCCCGCAUUACCAAUAUCAUUGCCCACCUUGGGCAAAUCAAACAAGGGCAAAAGCCAGGUCCAAUCGGUGAACGGGGUCCGCAGGGGUAUCUCUGGGGUGACGAUGGCGUGGACAGGGCCUUCGUGUCUGUUGCACAUUUGAAUCGCUAUCUCAACAGGCGUCUAUCACUUAGAAACGACUCUAUUGAUCUAAGUCCAUAUCCACUCGUUCUCUGUCAUAUGGACCUGGUUCGUCGCAACAUGAUACUUGGAGAAGACAGAAAAUCCAUUUGUCUUCUCGAUUGGGCCCAUGCUGGAUUUUAUCCGCGAUUUUAUGAACUUGCGACGCUUUCGUGCAUGAGUCCCUACGAUGAGCCCUAUGAGAAGCCACUUAUUGCAGCCGUGGAAUCAAUGAUGCAGUUAACGGAUGAUGAAAAACGCGAUAUGAAGCUGGUCCAUUACGCCCGGGCAGCGACCCUGAGAUGGAUAUUUCCCGAAGAGCCUGAGGAAGCUUAA